AUGUCAAACUUUUUUAUAUCUUCAAAGUUACGCCUUUUAAAAAGUCCUAUUUAUUUAAAUGUUAUAUUACGUGAAAAAAGCGGAAAAUUUAAAAAAAAGAUAGCUAAAACUGACCAAAUUAAAACACCGACAAGAAUGGCAUUGGAUCAUUUUGACUUUUAUUAUGGUCCUAUGUUUGGCAAGAAUUGGCCUUCCGUUAGACUAGGCCUUAAUACGCCAAAUAAUUUUGUUGCAGUCAUUAAUAAUUUCAGUGAAGAAUGUCACAUUAAUGAGGCAAUCAUAAAAGAUUUAGGAACGGUUAAUCUUAUUGAUCAAUUAACAAAAGGUAUGAAUGUUGCAUCAGAAAGGUUAAAAAAAAAGAAAGAAGAGAUUGAAAAAAAAGCACUUAUUACAGAGGAUACAGACAUAGAUGGUAAUUCUCAAGAAAAUACAAAUGAAAUUUUGAGUAAUAUUGAUGAAAGAUCUGAAGCUGGAUUAUCUGAAUUUACACAAUCUUCUGAAACAUUUUCUAUUGGAGAUAUACAAUCAGAAAAAGAAAUUUCUGAUGAUAUUAAUAUCAAAAUUACCGGAUUCGAAGGCCAAUAUGAUUCACUUUCUUCAAAAAAAGAUUUUAUAUUUUAUCCAAGGAAUUUAAAAAUUUAUUCUUAUCCAAGAGGUGCAUUGAUGGAUUACCCUGCACCAUGGAUAGAUAAAAAACAAAUAAGUGGAUGGUGGCUUCUUGAUGGUGGAUCUGUUGUUCCUGUAUUAGCUUUAGAUAUUGCCGAAAAAGAUCAUAUACUUGAUAUGUGUGCAGCUCCAGGUGGUAAAAGUUUACUAAUGUUACAAACAGGUCUUCCUGAAAAAGUUGUAUGUAAUGAUGAAAAAAUAACUCGUAUAGGUCAAUUAAGAAAAGCUUUGAUAAAUUAUGUACCAGAAGACUCACCACAUGCAGAAAAAAUUAUUUUAAGAAGAAAAAAUGCUUCAGAUGUAGAAAGGUGGGAUGAAUUAAAUUUAUAUGAUAAAGUUUUGGCUGAUGUUCCAUGUUCAACGGAUAGGUUGUCAGUGAAUCGAGAUGAAGGAAAUAUGUACAGUAAACAAUUGACAAAUGAUAGGCUUAAUUUACCUGAAUUACAAACAAAAAUAUUAAUAAAUGCCUUACGGUCUGCAAAAGUUGGCGGUACAAUAGUAUACUCUACAUGUACAUUGUCACCAAUUCAAAAUGAGUCUGUUAUAGAGAAUGCCUGUGCCAUCGCUAAACGUAAAUUUGGCAUUGUUUGUAUUGAAAAAAAAUUAGAUCAAUUAAAACAACAUUUGACAUCAACAGGAUUGUAUAAAUUUAAUGAUCAAUGCAGAAGGGGAAUAUUACUUGUUCCAUUUUUACCUAGUAAUUUUGGACCAAUGUAUGUUUGUAAAUUAGUUAGACAACAAUAG